AUGCUGACAAUACAAGACGUUUCUCUCCCUCUUGCUCUCUCUCGAGAAAUUAAUGGAACUAAUUUUACGUUCAAUUUUUCAGGUUUUGUGCCUCUCGUCGGUCUCCGCUUCGCACUUGGUCACCAGGGGAGGUGGAAGAAGUGGAGCGACGUCAGAAUUAGCCCCAGAAAAAAUCCAUCACAGUUGAGCAAGCAGCGAAUCGUGUGUGCGUCUGUAUGCCUCGGAGCCCCGGGAUUAGGAACGAUUUUCAAAAGCGAUAACAUUUCUAGGUCCCAGCAGUGCGAAGACAAAAUUCUAACCAUCAAAGGACAUAAAAAUAUAAUGAUGCAAUUGUCUCGUUGAUACGGAAUGGGACAAAAACGCAGGUAGGUAUGCUUUUGACAAUUACCUUGAAUUUUUUGCCCAUUAAUUAUCGAUAUCAUUAUUAUUUGCCGACUUUUGUCAAAUCAUGUUGUAAAUUGUACAACAAUUUUUCACGAGUAAAAAAAGCUCACGCAUUCCAAUGGCGGUUGAAUUAUGUCCGCUUGUCGAAACGUACACUGCAGCCAUGGGAGAGCUGUAAUUUGUUUGAAUAAUGUAACGCCUUGUUAUCGGCAAGUGCCGUUGUAACCGAAACUACAAUACUGCCCUGGCUAUAUUUAUGAAUAUUUAAUGAACUGGCGCUAAUCGCCGAAUCAGACUCUGCGUUAGUUUCAACUUAGGCGUGCAGAGCCGUGCCGAUACCUA